AUGACGUUUGUGGGCAAGGUCUGCGCGGCCGCGAUCGCGACGCCGUACGACGGGUCAUCGCCCGACAAGGUGGCGUCUAAGACCAAGGUGCUCGAGGACCUCGUGAGCCUUCUCCAGGACGAGGCAAAAGCCGUCUCGCUCUUGACCGAGACGUCCAUGCCCCAUGUGAUGCACAUGCUGCAGCUCAACCUCUUCCGCGCGCUGCACCCGCCCCGCGCCGACUUUGAUCCGGACCAAGACAUGCCCGAGAAGGACAUUGCGUGGGUGCACCUCCAGCCUGCGUACUCGAUUCUGACGUACGUCGUCCGCGCGCCGAUUGCGCCCCGCCUGGCCAAGCGCCACAUCACGCCGUCGUUUUGCUCGCAACUGCUCGGGCAGCUCCGCAGCGAGGACCCCGACGAGCGUCUCGUUGUCGCAACACUUCUCCACAAGCUCUACGCCAAGUUCAAGAGCCUCCGCGCCUCGUUUCGUCAGUCGGUCGGCCACAUUUUUCUGCAGUUUGUCGAUGACCCAACAACGUUUCCAUUUGGCAUUGGUGAGCUCCUCGAGGUGUUUGCGAGCAUCGUCAAGGGCUUUGCGACGCCGCUGUUGCACGACCACGCGACCUUCAUGACCAAGCACCUUCUCCCGCUCCUCAAGCCCACGAGCUUGCCGACGUACCACCAAGCGCUGCUCCUCUGCCUCAGCAUGUACCUGGAGAAGGACCCCAAGACGGUUCACCCGAUACUAGCGCAUACGCUCAAGUUUUGGCCGUGGCAAGCGACGUCCAAGCAGAUUUUGUUUUUAAACACGCUCGAAGAAACGCUCGAGCUGACGCCGAUCGAAGAGCUCAGCACGUUUGAGAAGCGCCAGGUCACGUCGGUGAUCGCCAAGUGCCUCCAAAGCGAUCACUUUCAGGUCGCCGAGCGGUCCCUGUUCCUCUGGAACAACCCGUACUUGAUCAAUCACUCGGUGCUCAACCAAGACCAUGCGCGGGAAGUGUUGCCGACCUUCUUUCCCGCGCUCUUCAAGGCCUUCAAGCUCCAUUGGAACAUCACUGUGCGCGGCCUCGCCCGGAGUGUGCUCGAGAUGUACACCAAGUACGACUUUGCCACGUAUCGGCGCUGCCUCGAAAACUUUGAAGCGGACCAGCUCGCGCUUCUGGCAGCCGACGCGAAGAAGGAAGCCAAGUGGAGAGCCCUCUUCGAGCGCGUCGCGAUCGUCGGGUAGAACGCCACGCUGUGAUAAGACGACGAUGUAUAUAUAUACUUGCACAUGUUUAUGGCACGCAAUACAACCCAUGACGCGAUGGC